CUCAGCUGAGGGACAUAAACAGUGCAGCGUGGAUCAUGAAGGUGGUCGUACUCUUCGCUCUCUGCGCUUACACUAGCGCUCACCCAGUCAACGGACAACCGUUUAAGAUAUGUGAGACGAAUGCCUUUCCACCAAACCAAAGUAAUGCUGUGCCUGUGUACACCAUUAACCUUGACCUGCCACCUCAAGAACGAUGGAUCAAGCUGUUAACAGAAAAGAAAAAGCCUAUGUUGGGCCUAAUUGAUGAUGUUAGAAAUCUGACCAUAUCACUCCUUGGGGAGAAACUCUUCAGUAUUAUCAACAAUAACCUUGACAAGAUUGCUUCCACACUUCCAUACCCCUACAAUGAGGAAAUGGCAGGAAUUGCUAAAGCAACAGGACUUCCGCUCUCAGAAGUUACGCUGUACAAUAUUUUUUAUGAAGUCUUUACAUUCUGUACCUCUAUUAUUGUCCAGGAUACAUCAGGAAAUCUCUACCAUGGCCGCAACCUUGAUUUUGGACUCCUUAUGGGAUGGGAUCCUAAGAGACAUGCCUGGAGAGUGUCAGAGUUACUGAAGCCUCUGGUGGUACAGCUGCAAUGGUACAAGGCAGGAAAACUGGUUUAUACAUCAGUCAACUAUGCUGGUUAUAUUGGUAUUCUUACAGGUGUCAAAAAGGGCCAGUUUACCUUUAGUUUAGAUGAACGUUUUGGCUUCAAUGGUGGAUACGUUGGACUCUUGGAAUGGAUACUGUUUAAGGAUUAUAAACAGAAGUGGAUAUCAUUCCUUACUCGUGAAGUCAUGGAAGAAGCCACAACAUUUAAGGAAGCCAAAACCAUGCUUUCACAGCCACGACUGUUGGCUCCUGUCUACUUCAUCCUUGGUGGAGCUAAGCCUGGGGAAGGGGCAAUCAUCACUCGUUGGCGAGAUAACUUUCAUGCUGAUAAUAUGGGUGACAGUGCUACUGACCCAGGAUCUUGGUUCCUUGUUGAAACAAACUACGAUCAGUGGUCAUCACCACCAUUUUAUGAUGACCGAAGAACUCCAGCAAUUAACUGUCUUAAGGAAGGAGGGCAAAAGAAUGCUUCACCAAAGCUGAUUUACAAUGUUCUUUCAACCAAACCAGUAUUUAACAAAUUGACAACUUACACAAGUUUGAUGGAUGUUAACCGAGGCAAUUUAGGUGCCUGGCUUCGCACCUGUGAAGAUCCAUGCUGGCCUUGGUAGAGCAUCACCUUCAUUUGUGUUGACCCUGGUAGAGUAUCACUCUGGGGAAUAGAAACCUUUGAUGAUCAUUCAGACAGUUUGCACUGAAAGAAUUAUAUUAUUAAAAAUAAUUCACUAGUUAAGAACUGUGAUUUAAGCAUCUAUUAUCACAUUUAAACAUUAAUUUUUUUUUUAUCAAAUUUUUUUAAAUUUGGAAAAAGUUAAUUAUUUUAAUUAUCUUAUUUUAGGAAAAGCACUAAACCCAUAGAGGUCAUACAGGGGAGUGAGAAGCAAUUGUAGUUUGAUCAAAAAGGAGAGUAGCUCCAGUUCCCUGGAUCAAGAGUUUGUCAAUAACAUCAAAGUAUCUCUCAAAGGAAAUCAUAGUUAUGAUUUUUUGUAAAAAAAAAAAAUAAGCAACACCCUCACACCUUGUUGGCGAGGGACUCUUAAUCCAAAACCGUGGACCUAUUUUUCCUUUUCUUGGAACAAACCUGAUGCCUCUUAUUUCCCACGCACUGUAUGACCCCCAGGGGUUUAGCACUUCCCCUGAUGUGAGAGACUACUCAAAAUUCUAAAAUGUGAAUACUGUUUUAUCCAAUGAAUUUUUUGAACAUUUAGAGUAAAACAUAUGUUACAUGUGAAGCAGUGUUAUACGUAUCAACAUCAACAGGAAAACUUGAUGGGUUGAAAUUAUAAUCUUGUGUAAAAAUAAGAUUUAAUUGUCAUUUAAUAUUUAAAACAAUGAAAAAUGCUUAAGGAUAUAUUACUGGAAUUAUAAGUGAUUUAACUUGUAUUUUCAAACUUUUCAUUUUAAUAUUUUCAUACAGGCUAAAUAAUUUUUACGUAAGUGCAGGAAGUGCUAGUCUAUAUAAAAAAUAGAGCAAUUUUUGUUAAGCCUUAGGAUGCAAUGUUUACUGUAUUUAAGCAGGAUUUUGCUGAUAUUAUGGAUUGUUACAUGAUUAUCUACCUCUUUCCAUGACAUUGGUCUUAUGGAAGAUUUUGAGAAAUUGCGAAGGUUUGUGGAUAAAUUUGGGACGGUAUGUAAAAGAGGGAAAUUUAAAGUAAACAUAGGAAUAAGCAUGGUGAUGAGAGUAACAAAAAAUUCUAGGCAAUCAAAGAUUGGUCGUCAGAUUGGAGGGAGAGAAUAUAAAGAUAGCAAAUGUGUUUGGUUAUUUGGGAGUGGAUGCAUUGGCAGAUACAUACAUAUACCUAUAUACUGUAUAGACAUGUACUAUACAGACAUGUACUGUACAGACAUGUACAUAUACCUACCUACAUACCUGCCUACCUCUCAAACAGAUUUACACACUUUAUUUUUAAUAUGAUGAUCUUCUAAUACAGUGGAUGCAGUCAAGAUCAUAGGCUUUAUCAGAGAUAAGAAUUAAUGUGUAAAGUAUGUAUUGUUAUAAUGUUGCUCAAACAGUAUGCUGUUUUCAGUAUGAAAGAUAGAACUAGCAACUCAUUACUGAACUCAGAUCAUUAUAGUCUGUCCAUGAAGAGGCCUUGUCUAUUAGUAAUGGACUUUAUCAGUUUCGGAAAAUUGAUGUGUAUUUGUGUGAUUACUCAUUUUUGACUGCAGGAAUAAAGUUAUGCGUAUGAUGACCUGUUCUCAAGAUUUAAUUGAAUCAUAUUAUUCAAAAGUUUUAGUGGUGUUUUUACAUGUUAUAGUGCCUGCAAAAGAAAUAUUCUACUCAAAUCGUUGACACCUCAUGAUUUUACGUUAUUUUACACAUAAAGAUAUUAAUAAUAGAUAAAAUGAAGAACUGAAAACUGACUUCAUUCUUUGAAUCUAAUGUUGGUUUAUUGCAUGUUAAGCUUUAAGUUUUUUUUUUUUCUUCACCAAACCAGCCAUAUCCCACCGAGGAAGGUUGACCUAAAAAGAAAAACGAAAGUUUCUCUUUUCAAAUUUUAGUAAUUUAUACAGGAGAAGGGGGUUACUAGCCCCUUUCAGCUUUAAUUACUUAUUUAAUUCUUGAAGGAAUGCUGUCAGAAAUUUUCUUGAAAUAAUUGUUACCCUGUAUGCUCUAAUGUUCUACUCAUGCCAGGGCUGAAGCAAAAGCUGUCUUUUCCAAGCAGUACUAAGCUUACAGUGCCCCAUCACUGGUAGAAAAAAAAAACUGUCAAACAAUCCAACAGGAAAGUUCAAAAUAGGAUACAAGAGUGCUCAAAAUUGCAGCUUCCUAGAACGUGUUUGUUGCCUGACAAACAAUCAAUUUCACUAACAUUGCCCAUAAUUUGUUUAGUGCAAGAGAAUAUGCCAAAACAUUGAAAUUAAUCAAUGUCUGCAGUGUUGCCAUGAUUUAUUUUGCAGGCACUGUAUCAUCACCUGGAUUCUCUACCAGUUAUUACUUUAUGUUAAGAAAAACUUUAGUAUCCUUAUCAUGAAUGUGGUAAUUAUAUGGACUGAACAAUUUGUGGAGAAAACAAGGAAUACAUUAACAACCCAGCCAGCUGAUAAGCCCAGACAAUGAACAGAUAACAUAUGGACUGUAUCUUGUUCACCAGAGAAACAGUGGAGGCAAACUAUACAGUGGUUACUGUACAUAACAGUUAUAUCACUCUUGACAUUGUAUGAAUCUGCCACACAGAUAAAGCAAGUUUUGCUUCCCUCUCCCCCCCCAAAAAAAAAAAAAAAAUUGAGCACCUAAACAAUCAGACACCAUGAACAUGGCUGUAUGUACUCUGUAACUAUAAAUUAGUGAUGAGCCACAGAUAUCAAAAAGCAUUUCUUCAACCUAAGAGUGCCACAGAAGUAGAAUGAUAUAAACAGGAGCUCAAAAAUAGAUGACUAUUUUUUUCUUGUACAGAUCAAUUUUAUAGGCUAAGAGCUGUUAUCCUACCUCAGAUCAUUUCAAAGCCCAGCCCUAUUGAAAAUAUACUACCAUCCCCUAGAAUGUGAUUUCAAAAUAGUCUGUCAGAAUUUAAUAGGGGGAGAUGGAAGCUAGGGCUUAACCCCCACAAAUUAAAGUAGGUAAUAACACACAACUUACCAAGUUGACACACAAGUUAGUGUGCAAAUUAGGGCCUCAUGGGUAUACCCUAUUUAUACUAAUAAAUAUUAAAAUUAAUUUUAUGCACAUAAUACACACAGAACAUAAUAAUAAAUAUAGUGAACAUAUUCCUGUGUUUACAUUAAUGGAAAUCAGUUUGAAUAUUUGUUAACAUAAAUAAUAUAAAGAUGAGUACUGAUUUGUAUGUAUGUCACUGUGUACAUACUAUGUACAGUGCAGUAGGUUGUUGUAUUUGCUUGUUCUAUAUAUAUUACCUACUUAUGUAUUAUGUGCUGCAAAUUCCAUGUGAUAAAUGCAAUUAGAAUUAUUUUUCAUUAACUCAACUUUAAAGAGUUUUGCAUACACUUUGGUCUCAAAAAAUAAUAAUAUAGAAUAAUUUAAAGUAGGUUUAUUGAGGAAAUAUAAAGUCAUAUCGUGCACUCAUAGUAUCUAAGCAUUUAAUCUAAUUACUCACACCAAAUAUCUUGCAGUUAUCAAAUUACUAUUGAAUCAGGUCUUAUAAUUUAGUAUGAAAAAUGCAAGUGUUACCUUGGAUUAUAUUCAGUUUUGACAAAUAAGAUAUGUUCAACACUUCAGUAUCAUUCCACAUUUUGGUAACAUGGUAGGCUUCUUUAGUCAUAUACAGAAGUGACUAAAACUGGAGACAGCAUAAGCAGUGGAGAUGUAAAAAUGAUGUGAUCAAUCUUGAGAAAUGUCCAGCUCCAUGGUCUUGUCCAGUGUGAUCUUGAUCCAUAUUGAUCAAGAUCAAGACCAUGGAGCUGGAUGCUUCUCAAGGCUAAGUGUUUGAUCAGUUCAUCUUUACCUCUCCACUGCUUCUGCUGUUUCCAGUUUUAGUCACCUCUGUAUCCAACAUAAGAAGCCUACUGUGUAGGUAAAAUGUUUUGGAAAUAAAGAUACCAGAGUGUUACACACGUGUCAUAUUAGUCAACCUGUCAGUACUGUAUACCAUUGUUGUAAUGAUAUUAGUGUUUCCCAGUUGUUAGUACUUGAAAAUUACUGUAUAGUUAUUCUAUAUAAAAUUCAUUGCUUAUUUGUCACUACCUCUCCUGUGAGAUUCCUGAACAUGACAUUUUUAAGCACCUUAAUAUAUAUACUGUACGUGACAAAUUUGUUAGCAUUUUAGUAUAUAUACCAUACAUGACAAAUUUGUUAGCAUGUUAGUAUAUAACUAGUCUUUCAUGCUGAAUCAUUAGUGAUUAUUGUACCUGUAUAUUAAGUUUAUAGUGAAUUUUUAUAAAACUUUACUUUUGAGGGCAUUAUUUUUUUCAUGUUGCAUUUAACUUAGAUAUUGGAAUUAAUUCACUUUAGCAUUGUUCCUAUUGGCCACUCUUACAAUUUUGCUUGUGAAGUGAAAAUAUUGAGACAAAUAUAUGGUACUAUGUGAAUAGUCACACUGACCCCAGGGCUUGAUUAAUUAGGGGACUGUGGGAGCUAGAACUCUAGGAAAUAGGACCAUAAAAACUUAGACAUUUUUUUCAGAGACAUUUAAGCUUCUGUAGUAAUAGUAUAAAUGUAAUGCAGAAGGACCAUGACAAUUAUGAAUUCAAAUUAUUGUCAUGGGGGAGUUCUGAACCCCUAGAGGUCAUACAGUGCUUUGGAAAUAGGAGGUAAUCAGAUUUGAUUCAAGGAAGAGGAGAAUAUGUCCAAUUCCUAAAAUCAAGAUCCCCUUGCAUACAUCAAGGCACCUCUUUUGAGGGGUAUGAAUUUAUAUUUUUUUUUUAUUUUGAAUUUCUGCUCCUUUGUGUUACUACAAUUAAGUAGCAUGUGUUUUACUGUUAAUGGUUAGAGAUGUUAACCUAGUAACACAACCAGGAUUUCAUACUGGGGAAGGGAGGGGGAAGGUAUCUAUAAGCCAGGAUUUUUAUAUGGGGGCUAAAAGCAAGAAGUUCCAAAAAUUAGUGAAAUCAUUUUUAAAAACAUAUUUUCAGUAUGUGUGUGAGAUUUCUCAAACUAUCAUAUUUUUGUCAUCACUAGUCAAUAUAUUCAAUAUAUUUCAUUGAAUAUGAAAGUAUUUGCCUCUGGAGGGCUUAAACCCCCAGACUCCAGAGGUUCAAGGGGUAGAGUUUCUAGCAGUCACUGUGUCACUGGUUGAACCUUUAUACCCUCUUGCACCAAAUGACACAUGUUACUGUGUUUCACUAAUUGAUGAUUUAAGCUAGUAUGUGGCCUUUUGCUUUAUUAUUAUUAUUUUUUUUUUUUUUUUUUUUUUUUUUUUGUAAAUUUACAGCACCAGUCUUUUUGGAGUUGGUACAUUCCUAAUAUAAAUAUAUUUUGAUAGCUUUUCUUUAAUACUUUUGGCAAACAUAGAUGACCUAAUGGUAACAGGAAUGAUGUUACAGGAUUAUUUUUUUCCAUGUACUGUAAUUCAGAGAUACUUGCAUCACUUUUUGUGCAAAGAUUUUAUGAUAAGGAAAAUCUGGCAUGGUUAUAGAUUUAUUUUUUAUCUCAACAGCUGUCUUCUGCCAAGGCAAAAAUGACCCAAAUAUUUGGCAUUAUGUUAUGACAGAGUUGUAUUUUUUUUUUUUUUUUUUUUAGUCUGGGGAUUCGAUCCCUGAACCUCAGUGAUGAGUUGCUCCUCUUACCACUGGGCAAUGGCUGAUGAUGAAAGUUUAUUUUUUGGGUCACCCUGUCUUGGUGGGAGACGGCUAGCACGUUAAAAGAAAAAAGUUUUAAAUAAUUUAGAAUUUGUGAUAUUUCUUCUUUCAAGAAACCAGCCGUAUCCCACCAAAGCAGGGUGGCCCAAAAAGACAAACGAAAGUUUCUCUUUUUAACUUUAGUAAUAUACAUGUAUACAGGAGAAGGGGGUUACUAGCCUCUUGCUUCCGGCAUUUUAGUCACCUCUUACAACACGUGUGGUUUACGGAGGAAGAAUUCUGUUCCACUUCCCCAUGGAGAAAUUUGUGAUACUGUACUGAGUAAUUUGAAAUUAAUUCACCUGUAUAUUUGUUUUCAUAAAGUUUUUUCUGUUAUAA